AUGUUUUGGAGAUUCGGCUUUUCGUCGGUAUCGACGCUCGAAACGCUUCUCGACAAACCCAAUGUUACGCUCGAAGAUGUGCUUGACGAGGAUGAUCUGCUCCAAGAAUGCAAGUCCCAAAACCAAAAGCUCAUCAACUUUCUCCGACAACCCCGCAUAGUUAAAAGGCUGAUGGAGCAUGUCGUCGGCACCGCAACCGUCGGAGGAACCGGAGGCAAGGAAUGGGAAGAGAAGGUCAAGUUCAAGUAUCCUUAUGUGGCUUCAGAGGUGCUCAGCUGCAGCGAAGUAUGGCCCAUCAUCGAUGCCAUCUUCUCGGAUCCCAAAGAGUUCCUUGUGCCAUUCUGGAAUGCCAUCUUGACCUCGGAUCCAUCGCCUUCGCAAGCACCUUUGCCUAUGCACACACAUCCCCUGUUCGCCGAGGAUAUCGCUUCCUCCCCUGCCGGCUCCUCGGUAUCCACUUCGCCCUCUCCGCAUCUCAGCGUCACCAACUUCACCGACUUUUCCAACGCUGCAUCAGGUAAUACGGGCAGCUCAAGGUCAUCUUCAGACGCAGAGUCAGAGACUGAAGGCAGACUGCGUGCCACUAGCGCUCUCGAUAAUGGUCCAGGACGUGGUGUGCUGGCUGGCUACUGGGCCAAGGUGAACGGCGCCUAUCUCGAGCGCAAGCCAAUCGAGAUGCUUGAGUUUAUCAAGGAGCAACCUCGCAUCGUCGAACGCUUUGUAGCGCAUCUCGAGACCCCCGCCGUGGUUGAUUUGCUCUUCCGCAUCAUUCAGAUGGAAGAGACUAUGCGCACACCUGUUCAGACCACCGAUAUUAUCGACUGGCUCUCAUCGCAGGACUUGGUUUCUCGCACCGUCGACCUACUUGCUCCCAACUACUCUGUCGACAUUCACAACACGGUCUCUGAGCUGCUCAAGGCCAUCAUCGCCCUUUCUGCUCCUUCUCCUGCCGCUCUAAAUCAGGGUCAGGGUCAGGACCUGGGUGGUGGCCUUGGAGAGGCGCAAGAGAAUGCUGCAGGGAUCAAUAAUCGUCUCGUGCGCGAGCUAGCUAGCGAACCUAUCGUCCGAAAGAUGGUUGGCUACAUGCUUGAUUCGCAGAUGCCGAGGCAAUUACAUCGUCGUCUCACAGAUGUGGUCGAUGAGCAGUUAUCGCAGCUUUCGGUACAGGACCUUCGAAAACCUUCGCAGCGACGCGAUGCUGCGCUUUCAACGCUUGAAGAAGGCGUUGCGUCUUCGUCUGCAUUGGACGAUGAUGAGGAUGACAAUGAGUCUUUUGCAAGACCACUCAAUCCUCGCGAGUUCCCAGCCUCCGAGUCUCGCUCGCCUGGACAAAUCGAUCACCGAGGUUCGACGGCGACUGUCCGCCCCGACAAUUUGUUCCCGCCCGUCUCGGCGCCCACCGUACCCAUCACGGCCGAGACAUGCAGCUCGACGCUGGUGACAUGUAUUGGCGUCUUCAUUGAGCUCAUCCGCAAGAACAACAGCGACUACUUUGAACAGCAUCUCCUACGUACCCUUCACAACCACCUUGUCAAGAGGCAGAGUGAGUUGACAGAAAAACGGCUUCAAAAGAAAGAGGAAGAGGAGGCUGCAAUGCCAAAGUCCACCCAGCAACAAGGCGAAGCUGCUGGCUCGGCGGAGGCGGAGAAGCAGGACGAUGGAGAGCUGGCACAGAAAGCAAUGGACACUUUGGAUGAAGAAGAGGAGGACGUGCAAGGCAUGGAAGAGGCUAUGGCCGAGAUUGUCGAUAAGAUGGGCCUCGUACACCUCGGUCCCAUGCUUCGAGUUCUGUCCGAGCGACUCUCGGACUUCCAACAGCUCGUCAAUGAACCACGAGAACGCGAUGCUACGAUCCCGACCUCUGUCGGAAAUGUGGCCCCGCUCACAUUCGAGAGGUAUCGAAUCACCGAGCUCUACGCCGAGCUACUCCACUGCUCCAAUAUGGCUUUGCUCAAUCGAGCACCCGGAGAGGGUCCACAAUACUCAGACGACGGCGUGCUCACCGGCGGCCUCGAAGGGCUUCAGACACUUGCAAGAACAUUGCAGGGCGGCGAUGGUCCCGAGGUCGGCGAUACCUCCGCCAGUGCUGAGGCCGAAGCGAUGCAAGAUAUCGGUGGACAACAAGAUGCAGCGCCGAAGACUGAAGCAGCUGCGUCUGAGGACACUAUUGAUACAGACAGCUCUGUUGCGCACCGCGUUUCAGGACAUGCCCGCGAUCAAUCGAGCACUGGCGCCUCCACCGACUCGACCGACGAAGCGGACGAUGAAGCUCUCCUGAACGAGGUGUCUCUCUACGACAAGGCCAGCGCACCGGUCGAGGGAAGCAGCAGUCUGGAGGUGCCCUCGGGGAGUCAAGAAACGGACUCGUACGAUGAAAGUCCGCGCGUCACUACAAGCGAUUCUGUCGAGGAAGAUCAGGAUGACGCUGCUUCGAUUCGGUCGGCACUCUCCGGACUGUCCCUUGCUGAAUUAACGGCACCUAAACUAUCAGGUCCGCCCAGCCCAAUCGACGAAGCAAAGGACUACGUUGUUGGUGACAUGCUCAAGAGGAAAUUUCUCGAAUGUGGCAUCCUACCAUCGCUUCUAAACUUGUUCUUUGACUAUCCUUGGAACAAUUUUCUGCACAAUGUGGUUUACGACAUCCUCCAGCAGUGCUUCAACGGACGCAUGGACGUUGGCCUCAACAGGAAGCUGACUGUCGCCGUAUUUGAGCAGGGAUGUUUGACAUCCCGGAUCGUGGAAGGUCGCAAGCGCAACGAGGAUUCAGUUGCGGGUCCCCGCCGGAUUCGACUUGGUUAUAUGGGCCACAUGAACCUCAUCGCAGAAGAGACCGUCAAGCUGCUACAACGCUAUCCGCUCGAAAUUGCCCGUCCGGUUGAGGUGUUCACAGAACGCGAUGAGUGGCGCCAGGUGGUGUCAGAGACGCUGGAAGAGAUUCGAGAGAAGGAAGGCGGUCCGCUUGCUUUCAAUCGCGGGCAUGACGGCAUGUCCAUGUCCUUCGGCUCGGGCGCUGAUGACGACGACGAUGAUGGUGGUAUUGGCGGAGCUGGAAGCAGCUCGUUCGCCAGCUACCUGUCGUCUCAAAUCGGCGGGGCGGCUGGUUCUGACGAUGACGACAGCGAUGACGAGGCCUCAUGGCUGUCGAGCGAGAUGAAACGCGGCGGCAAGGACGGUAGUGGAUUUGACGAUGCAUUCGCACCAAGGCACGGAUCGGGCAGCGGCGGGGGCGAACUUGGCGACGAUGAUGAAGACGACGACUGGGGUCCAUUUGCAGACCCCAGCGAUGGCAACGCCAGAGGAACCACGCAAAGCUUUGACUUUACCUCUUCUGCUGCUGCCAGUGCGCCUGACAACAACCCGAACCCCUUUGCCGAGAACUUGACUCCCGCUGAUUGGUCCGCACAGUUCCGAAGGGACUUUGAAGAAAAUAGCUCACGGCAUGACAUUGAUUCGGAUGACGACGAAGAUGAUGACGAGGAGGAGGAGCAGGAGGAGCAGGAGAGCGACGCCAACCAGGCCACGCCCAUCGGAAUUCCGACCAAGCCGAUCGACGAUGGUGCUAAGGAAACGUCAGCUUUUAGCUCGAGCCCAUUGUCACCACCAAAGAGCUUCGACGCCACCUCGCUCUCAUCCGGAAUCGACGUGGUGAGCAAGGCGCACGCGCGUCGCCCUUCACUCGGCCACCUUGAAGCCGCUGACCUGGCAAGUGGCGACCAAAUAUCGGGCAACCGGCGUCGAGGCUCGCUCAGUUCUGCUGGGCCGGAAAUCGCAGAGGUGUCAGAUGCCGGGGAUCCGCUAGGACCUGGUAUUUCGACAACCGUCUCUCAAAAUGAAGAGGGAAAGCUUCAACGCACACUGGCUGACGGAACGACGGUAGUGGUGCCGCUGGACGAGGUGGCAUUGGGUGCAGGGGAGGCCGGUUUUCCUUUAAGGGAUGGCGGGGCAGCGUAG